AUGCAUUUCCGUGCGGCUGCUGGCCUCUACUCGCCAAUCUCGCUCCCGGCGUCUCCUGCAGCCUACGAGAAUCGGCGUCUCUGCCCGUCGUCGUUGGUACACCCGAGUUCUCACGCAGAAUACCUACUUUAUCAUUUGGAGAAACCAGUGACGAAAGAAGUGACUCAUUACUUGGUCUCUCGAAUUCAACAGAUCCUAUCCCAUACGCCCGUUGCAGACUUUGAGCCGGUUCCAAUUACGGUUCCGUCUCUGGAAUCCUUUGCGUCGAUCCUUAUAAGAUCGACGUUCAUCACGCUCCCUACUAUCAUUUGCGCCUCGUUGUACCUCGAUAGACUCGAGUUGAGUCUCUCGUCGCGACCUAUUUACAAUCACAACCCAACUUCCCCUCAUUGCAUUCUUCUCUCAGUCCUCAUUGUUGCCUCCAAACAUCAAAACGAUUCCUCUCUCACCAAUGCUGCGUGGUGCGACGCGGUCGCGUGGUCGAUUAAACGAUGCAAGCUCGGCAAUCCGCGCUCGGUCCAUAUGCUUAUCGAGAACGUGUUCUCUCUUACCAAUAUCAUGGCCAUGGAGCGGCAAUGUCUUGAUCACCUCGAUUUCAACCUAGUUGUAUCCGAAGAGGAAGUUGAACUAGCCCUGGUCUCGAUGCUACAGUUCUUUACUGGCCCCAACCUACCAUCGGCUGUUUCAGGCUCUGGCCAACCCGACGAGGACGUCGAAUCCUGGCUUCAUGGAGUUUCACCGGAAUACGUCAUUUCUGUCCCCAAUGAUAUGACUGGAAAUAGCAGUCAAUGGUUCGAAAGCCCCCAGCCCUCAUUUGAGUAUCUAUGCACUCGACGUGGGAGUGCCCCAGCAAUCCUCGAGCAUCCCGAGCAGCCGGCGAUCUGUGGGGCACCCCUGUCAUAUGCGGCAUUCCCGUCUGACGUCUCCGACGGUGUUUCAUCGUAUCCAGCGACCCCCACCGCACAAUCUGGCGCCAAUGUCGAUUUUGAUAUCGAAGAGCUAUGUCAAGAAGUCGAUGACGCUCUGGCGGAAGUUGAGGAUCAAGUGUAUCCCGACGAGUUUGUCUUCCCGGUACAAGCGCCCACGACAGUUCAGUACCCUGAGUCGGCCUCUGACGACGAAUAUGGCUCACCACUGUAUACCCGUGGGCGAAGCACACUCUCCAAACCUCUGGGAGAUUCUGGAUUCGUCCCCAUGAAUCUCAGACAGAUGCCAUUAUCUGCUGAGAGGACUGAGUUUGCUCAGCCGGCUUUCUGGAUGGAACAGUCGGAGAUGUCGUUCAUCGCCCAAACCCUCACGCGUUAA